AUGGAUUAUCUGAGAAGCUUACUUGAUUCACUGUGUCCACCGAAAAGACCUAAAUCUGCUUCAGUGCCGAAGCUAAAUUCUUUGAUGACAAAUUUCACUUGUGACUCAAAUUUGGUACGCCUGGCAGGAUUAUCAGGUGCUCUUGCAAUAUCAUUUGGUGCUUUUGGAUCCCACGCACUGCGGGAAAAUGGAAAUGUAGAUGAACGUCGGUUGCGUGCUUUCGAUACUGGCAACCGAUAUCACUUGAUACACUCAAUUGCUUUACUUGGUGCAAGUAAAUCUCGUUUCCCGUGGCUUACUGCUGCGCUUUUACUUGGUGGUAUGACAAUUUUUUCAGGUUCUUGUUAUCAUUACAGUAUUACCGGAAAGGAAACUAUGAGAAAAUAUACUCCUUUCGGUGGUCUGAUGUACAUUUUGGCCUGGCUGUCAUUUUUAAUUUGA